AGUAAUUACGUCUAAAGCGUCCAAGUGUAGUCGAAGUGGUUGUGUGGUGGUUCGGAACCUCACCCGGAGCGCUGUCGACGGAGUAAAAGAAGCUCGUGCCGCCCAGAAAUUUUAGUAACCACUUCCAAACACCCGCGUCGCAACAACUCCCCAACUUCCACCACCACCACCACCACCACCUUCAAGCAAACCCUGCUGUUAGCCAGACAGCGCAAACUGGUUGCCAUGAUUUGCCGAACCUGCCUCCGCCGUGCCACGGCACUCAACGUCCGAACUCAUCCGCCAUUGAGCACCCUCCUCCCCAGAGCCUUUUCCGUUUCCUCCCCUUCAAGAACAUCAACACAAUCAACGACACAAGCCUCGCCGGCCUCAGAGACCGCCUCACCCUCGAGCAUGCCCACCCUCUCGACACCCGUCGACGCACCCGUUGCCGGAAACGCCGGCUCGAAGCCCGCCCGGCCGCCCUCCUCUUGCCCUCCCGGCACCGUCCUCACCGGCCUCAACUACUUCAAGAGCCAGACGGACCCCGUGGCGCUCCCUGACGAGGAAUACCCCGAAUGGCUGUGGGACUGCCUCGAAUUCAAGUCUACUGCUUCUGACGAAGCUGACGCCAACGCUGGCGAUGAGUUCUCCAAAUCCGCAAAGCAGCGCCGCCUAGCCGCCAAGCGCCAGAAGCAAAUCCAAGCCAAGCUCCUCGCCGAGGGCAACCUCGAUGCCCUGGCCCCCAAGGUGCCCCUGCAGCACCAGUCCGUCAAUCUGCCCGGUAAGGAGGACGGCGAUGUCGCCGACAACCUCUUUGCGGCCGAGAAGCGCGAGGAACUCCGUAAAGCCAUGCGGCAGGAGCGCAAGGCCAAGAUCAAGGAGGCCAAUUACCUCAAGUCGAUGUAAAGAGGGGAAAAAUGGGAUGGAGAGCACCAGAUGGGACCACUCUACAGGGUAUUACGUUCUUUUCAACCCUUGGAAAAGCAUACCACAGUUGUGUCUUUCGAAUUGACCCUCGACUGACGGGGGUAACUUGUCGGAUGUUCGGGGAGGCAGGAAUAUGUACGUUGGCAUGUAGCAGUAUGGAUGGUGGGAGCAAAUCGAGCUGGCAAAAGCUCUGUAUAUUACCUGCAAUUUGCCUGACCUGUGUCCGGCUUGUAUACCACAGCUUCUUGUUGUCGUCAAUAGAUUAUUAUAUCGAACGACUACCUGGAAACGCUCUAUCAUUUUUGGCCGAGGCCAUUGAACCGCCGGGUUGUGCUCGAAAAAAAGAAAGAGAAAGAAUUCUCAAGCUGCUU